CCAGUGGCACUUACUUAUAGCCUAACAAUAACAAUGAUAUGUUGAUGGACUGAAGCACACAGGGACACACAGGGACACCCCCAAACCGGCGAUAUCCUGGUCACAUGACUCACCCACUUCUACGCCCGUGGACAUCUGCAAAAUGGAGGACCAUGAUGCUAAAGAGCCCGAGCAGCUCAGAAAGCUGUUCAUUGGAGGUCUUAGCUUUGAAACUACGGAGGAGAGUUUACGGGCCCACUUUGAACAGUGGGGUUCCCUCACGGAUUGUGUGGUGAUGAGGGACCCCAACAGCAAGCGAUCAAGAGGGUUUGGCUUUGUAACGUAUUCCUCUACAGAGGAAGUAGACGAUGCCAUGAAAGCGAGGCCCCACAAAGUAGACGGGCGAGUUGUUGAGCCCAAGAGGGCGGUGUCCAGAGAGGACUCCAAUAAACCAGGGGCCCACCUGACAGUGAAGAAGAUCUUUGUUGGUGGAAUCAAGGAGGACACUGAGGAGUACCACAUCAGGGAGUAUUUUGAAAAAUAUGGAAAGAUUGAAUGCAUCGACAUCAUGGAGGAGCGCUCCACGGGAAAGAAGAGAGGAUUCUGCUUUGUGUCCUUUGAUGACCAUGACACUGUAGACAAAAUUGUUGCCCAGAAAUACCAUACAAUCAACUUCCAUAAUUGCGAGGUCAGGAAAGCUCUCUCAAAACAGGAAAUGAGUUCCAUGUCCACCAGCAGGGGCAGGAGUGGAGGAUCUGGAAACUUCAUGGGGAGAGGUAGUAAUUUUGGAGGUGGUGGCAACUACAGCCGAGGUGGCUAUGGUGGAGGACGAGGAGGUUACGGCGAUGAUUUUGACAAUGGUCCUGGAGGUAAUUAUGGUGGAGGACCAGGUUAUGGAGGAGGCAGAGGGGGCUAUGGAGGUGGUGGUGGUCCAGGGUAUGGUAACCAGGGUGGUGGAUUUGGUGGUAGCUGCGAUGGAGGAUACGGGGGUAAUGAAGGAGGAUAUGGAGGGGGAGGAAAUUAUAACGACUUUGGAAAUUAUGGUGGACAGCAGUCCAACUACGGGCCCAUGAAGGGAAACAACUAUGGUGGCAGAAACUCAGGGGGACCCUAUGGUGGUGGCUACAACUCUGGGGGCGGCGGAGGUGGCUACGGCUCCCGGCGAUAUUAAUAACGUCUUGUUUUGAUGUGGAAAGAGGAAUUCUCUUCUUGCUGAAAAUCUGUAAAGACCUGAUAACAUGGAGGGUUCUGGAUGGGUAAGACUUUUUUCAAAAUAUUAUACAAGGCUGCUCUUAUUGUAAAUCUAAAAGUACACAUCACGAUGACAAAAGAUGGAGGGGUUGUUUUGAAGGUAAAUCCAGCAGGAUGACGUCAAGUAUUACUCCCCUUUGACCAGAACCUCUUGAGACCACCUGAGUUGUUUGGUAUGUGUUGAGGUAAAAUAAAUCUCUUACUAAGUAUUAUAAAGGCAAGGAAUCCAAACGAUGUGUUUAAAUUCACUGACAUGUUGAUCACUGAGGUCAAAGUGAGGAUGUUGUUCUGAACUGUAUUUUGAAGGCGUGUAUAUUUCGCCUUCGUUUUGACAAGUGAGUAAUAAUUUAGAAUAUUUUAAAUAUAAUGCAGACCACUAUGAUAAUAUCCAACUCUUAUUAUGACAGCAACAUAGAGACAUAGUUAUGAGCGUAAACCUCUAAAACUGUCAAAAAAGAAGCAACAUUGAAGGCAUCAUGAAAGUACAUUUUACAGCAGGACGGCUUCAUCUACAACUGCCACUAAGAAAGUGACAUAUGCUUAUGCUAAGCUAAUCUCUUAACCAAAGUAGGCCCAAAAUGUAUUUAAUUUGAUUAUUGUAAGACAUCCCUACCAGUCCUUAUUAAUAAGCAACUUAAUUACACUACAGAAUUCAUUUAAAUAAUUUGAUUAUGACUGGAAAUCGUGGUCAUUGUAAGUUCAUGCAAUACAUUGUGUAAUUUAUUGAAAGAACCUGUAAUCUUCACUUUUGAUAAGCCGUAAUAGGCUUAUACCCUGCAUUUAUUAUAAGGACUCAUCAUCACCACCACCCCAAAUUAAAAAUAUUUUUAAAUCAUUCCAUGACAGUCAGCCAAAUGGACAUAUGGAAUAUGUGUGUACUGUAAUAAAGAGAGGUCACAAGUUGAGACUAACUGACCCGCAGCAUAGGCAGUGUGUCAUACAGUAUUUACAAGUACCAGCACUAUAUUUGGCUUGCAAUGCCUUCAAGGGAUUGUACGCAUGGAUUGUUUUUCACAGGAAACCCAAAAGCUGUCUAAAAAAAACGAGAUCACUGUUCCUCUUUUAGUGAACUUGAAACUUUUAAAUACUGUUCUUGUGAACGUGUGAUAACCGACUAAACCUGGUAAGUUUAAAAAAUGCAUUUUAAUGACACAUCUUCACUAAGUGUAAUGAGUCAAAGGAGCGAGGCCUACUGUUAUUCUUCCCUGAAUCAGUUGCAGGAUAGUGUUUCUUCACAGGAAUGUAGACCAACCAACGGCAGCACUAAGAGAAAAAAGAAAGUGCUUGGUGAAAGCACUGCAGUAUUACUGAAAUAUGUUUGGAGGUACAUUAACGUGUAAAUGUAAAGUGUAACUUGUGCUCUUCAAUAAAAACAUUUUCCAUGA